AUGAGUCCAGGGUGCUGCUCAGGUUCCGGUACGGCCCAGGGCCCCCAGCGGGUUGCGCUUCAGUCUACCAAUCGUCCCAAUGUUUCGUCCGAGUCCCUCAGCAGCUUCAGUGAUGACCCGAAUGGCCCUUGCUGCACCGUUGAGAAGGAAAACUGCGACACUGGCGACGAAGCUUCCACCUGCACCACCCAUCUCAAUGAAGCUUUCGCAAAAUACCAAGCUCUGCUCGAAUCGACACGUUGCAUUUGUCGCGAUGUGCUCAGUCGGGGGCUCCCUAGCUGCUGCAACGAGAAAAAGAAAUUGAUGAGGACAAAGAAGACAAAGAAGACAGGUGGUGCCUUCCAGGGUCACGCGUCCGCCAAAGAAUCCUGCUGCUCGACCAAAGCCCAAGCCCCCGGCCAAUGCUCCGCAAAGGUCGACCUGUCCGUCAAAGAUUCUUGUUGCUCGACCAAAGCCCAAGCCCCCGGUCAAUGCUCAACAGAGGCCGACACGUGCUGCAGUGGGUCUCCUAAAGCCGCCGAUAGUACCAAAUCCACCUGCGGGUCUUCCAUUCCGAAAUCCAGCAACUGCCGUGCGUCGAAUCCGAGUGGAGAUGAUGAUUGUUGUGCCACCGGUAAGGACAAGGCGCCUGCUGUUUUCAGCAAAGUCGUCUUGCCCAAAGACUACGAUGUUGAGAGGGUUGCGGGCGCAGAGUUUGUGUCUCUUUCCGUCAACGGCAUGACUUGCAAUGACUGUGCUUCCAAGCUCGAACGCACCUUGAAAAGCCUGCCUGGCAUCUCCAAUGUGCGCGUCAACUUUAUUGGAAGUCAAGCGGACCUCAAUCUUGACAAAGCCACUCUCACCAUAGACGAAAUGAUUCACAGCGUUGCAAAGGCAACCGGCUUCCAAAUAUCUCAGAUUGUCGGCAGCGACGAAUCACUUGAACUUCUGGCUUCACGGGCGAGCAUCGAUGCAAUCAACCUUCUGAACAUCCCGGGCGUUAUCAAUGUGGACCCUGUUGGGAGAGCCAAAAUUCGUGUGGUCUAUGAUCCGAUCGUUAUUGGGUCUAGAGACCUUGUGUACAAGAUUGGUGAUCUCUCGCAGGGCCUGGCACCCGUGGAGAGGGAUGGUGCCUUGGCAGCAAACCGGAAGAAAUUCUAUGAUCUUUUGAUCAAAACCAUCCUCGCCGCCGUAUUCACAAUCCCCGUUGUGGUCCUCGCCUGGGGCGAGACCCUCGUUUCUCAGAAGACCCGUUCUAUCGUCUCUUUCCCACUUGGAACACUGGUUCAGUUGCUUGCGGUGCCGGUAUUCUACCAUCCUGCACUCCGGGCUCUGUUCCUAUACCGAACCUUGGAACUCGACAUGUUAGUCGUUGUGAGCAUCUCGGCUGCUUACAUAUACUCAGUCAUAGCCUUUUCCUUCCACAUGGCAGGAAAACCACUCGAGACUGCUGAGUUCUUCGAGACGAGCACGUUACUUAUCACUUUGGUCAUGCUCGGUCGCCUGUUGGCCAGCUAUGCUCGCAUUCGAGCUGUUGCGGCAGUCUCACUACGAUCCCUGCAAGCCGCUACUGCACUACUUGUGAAAGAUGGAGAUCACGAUAUUGAUGCCAGGCUUCUCCAGUACGGAGAUAUCUUCAAGGUUCUACCUCACACAAAGGUUCCCACUGAUGGCCAGGUGCUUGAGGGUGUGAGCGAGAUGGAUGAAUCUAUGCUCACUGGUGAGAGUUUACCUGUUGUCAAGGAACCAGGAUCCAAUGUUAUUGCUGGGACUGUCAAUGGAUCUGGCACUUUACUGGUCAAGCUGACUCGUUUACCCGGGAAGAACACGGUAACAGACAUUGCUCAGCUGGUUGAGCAAGCUGCGAACUCGAAACCGAGAAUCCAGAAUUACGCCGACAAGGUGGCCAGCUGGUUCCUGCCUGUCGUGUCAGGUAUUUCGGCCGUUGUCUUCAUUAUAUGGGUCAUUGUGGGCCUCAAAUUACGCGACCAGACUGCCGCCCAGUCCAUCGCCGUCGCGAUCACAUACGCGGUGGCUGUACUGGCUGUUUCCUGCCCCUGCGCCCUUGGUUUGGCUGUUCCUAUGGUCUUAGUUGUCGCGGGUGGGAUUGCCGCCCGUGGAGGCGUCAUCAUCAAAUCCGCCGACGCGACUGAGCGGGCUCGCAGGGUCACUGACGUAGUCUUUGACAAGACAGGAACAUUGACGGAGCCUGAACUAGACGUCACUGCCGAAGAGUAUAUCGGUUCUGGCAAAAGGGCAGAAAUUCUACCAGUAAUGAAGGCGCUUGUUUCCGAUAACAAGCACCCGGUUUCGCUCGCAGUCGCGAAGCACCUCGCUGAGUAUAAAGCCCAACCCUCCACCAUGGACGAAUCACGCAGCGUCCCAGGUGCUGGUGUCGAGGGUGUUCUCAAUGGCAAAACAUAUCGCGCCGGCAACCCUCGAUGGACCCAUCACGAGACUGACCCAACAGUCCUCAAGCUGCUUGAUAAGGGUGCCACCAUCCUCCUCAUCACCUGCGAUUCGGAGCCAUUAGCCGUCUUUGGUCUGGGUUCUCGCCUUCGCCCUGAAGCAGUCGAUGUCAUCUCAACCCUGAAAUCCCGCGGCAUCACUCCCCAUCUAGUCUCUGGCGACCAGACCAAAGCUGUACACACAGUAGCUUCGGCUGUGGGUAUCUCACUCACCUCCGUUGCCUCUCUCUGUAAACCUGAGGAAAAGCAAAUUUACGUCGCCAACCUAAUGGCUGCUUCCAAAGAAGUCAUGUUCGUCGGUGAUGGCACUAACGAUGCCGUUGCAGUUGCACAGGCCAAUGUUGGAGUGCAGCUCAACGAUUCACUGUCCUCUAGCGACGUCACACGGGGUGCCGCCGAUGUCGUCUUGCUAUCCAGCCUGCGCGGCAUUCCCUUCGUGCUCGACGUCAGUAAGGCUGCGUUCCACCGCAUCGUCUUCAACUUCGUCUGGUCCGCUAUAUACAACGUGGUUGCCAUCCUGUUGGCCGCCGGUGCUUUCGUCAAAAUUCGUAUUGCACCAAUGUACGCCGGUGCCGGUGAACUGGUGAGCGUGCUGCCUGUUGUCUUUGCAGCUAUGUCGAUGCUGUUGCUCAAACUCAAGGCUUAA